UCUUGUUGCCUCAGAAAGCCGGCUGCGUCAUUUCCUUCCAAUGACAUGUGUGGUUUCAGUCUUUAAAAACUUUUUCAGAGUUAUGAUCAUGACCAGUUUGAAACUUUGUCUGUGAACGGAGAAUGAAUUGUCAUGUUAGGAACAUGGUCUGCCUAUCUCAGAGAUCACAAGCCAAAUUCAGAAUAAUCCUCCCUCUCCUCAUCUUGAUUGCUGUUGCGUUAGUGCAACCAACAAUGUCAUGCAAGAAUCAAAACUGCAGCCAGCAUCUUCGCCAUACUCUGAAGCUCACAAAGAUUACGAACAAAAAGACGGCAGAGCUCUUAGAAACAUAUAAAGCUAGUCAAGGAGACUAUGCAGACCUGAUCUGUGUUAUGCAAAUGGACAAUGUUCCAGAAUCAACAAUCUCCGGCCAGACCAUAUCGGAGCGCAUCUUGAGUGUUUACACCCGCCUGAAAGAGUUUCUGCCGCACAUGCAGACAGUUAUGGAGCAGCAGAAAGACCUCAAUCCUCCAACCAACCCUGUGGCAGAGGGGCUUAGCAAGAUGAUUACACAAGUUCACCGCACUGCUAUGAGGGUGAACUGUCUCUUACAAAUCCUGCAGCCAAAUAUACCCAUUCCUGAGCCAGCUGAAAGGCCAACAGGAAUUCCCCCUGCACAAAAUAUUUUCCAGCAGAAGGCCUAUGGAUGUAUUGUCCUGUCUCGGCUUCAGGAGCUUCUUAGAAAAGCCAUUCAAGAACAGAAGUCUAUUAAAGGGAAAAUGUGCAGAAAAAGGACAAAAAAUUAUUCUUUUUGAACUAAAAUGUGUUCUGUGUCAUAAAAUGAUGUUUAUGUUAUAUUAUUAAUAUUUAUUUUUGUAAAUCUAUAACUGCUGAAGAGAUGUACAGUAGAGUAUUUGUUUUGUUAUAUUUAUUGAUAUAAUUUAUUUAUCAAUGUUCUAAAUGCUUUAUCCAUAUAUGUAGACAAAAAGGUUCAUCAAAUUGAUCUCUUUUUUUUUUUUUUUACUUCUAUUUGGACCAGAAUGGAUAAUCUUAUUUGGCUGUCAUGGACUGCCAUUGGUCCUUUAUUAUUUGACAACAAUAACGCUCUAUGAGGUUAUGUAUGUCAUUGGAGGCAAUUGUUUUGAUUACACAGAAAUUUGCAGUGCUAAACUGUGAUGUCACACGUUAGCCAUAUUGGCUUCUGUGGUUUGUGCUAACGUAGCAUGACCUGAAUAACCUAGUAAAUGUAUAUGUACUUUUUGAGACAUAGCCUUGAGUUGAGACCAUUUUAGAAGUCAGGAAGUGCAAGAGACUGAUAUCAGCCCAUAAUGACGCAUUCAUUUCACCACAUCAGAAAGGGGAAAAAACUGACUAGCCGUCUCCCCUGUCACAAGGUAUAAGUGUGUGUUUGUGUCCAUGUGAGUGAAUCUCAAGCCAUUUGCCUGAUAGUUAACAUACUUUGGUUAGUAUGUUUCACUCAGCACAGCUAUGAACGCUUUUUAUAAUUUUCAUUGUUAAUAAAUUAUGAAUGUAAUUUUGAUACUUAUUUAUAUGAAAAUGUACAGUAUGUCAUGGUGUAAAUAACUUUGCAUUCAUAUCUUCAAAAUAAACUCAUCAAAAAGAAA